GUCGUCUGUCAUUGGAUGUUGGUUCCAUCCUCCCGGUUGUGGCUCUCGCGCGGUUGCAGCGGGAAGAUGGCGGGGGAGCUGGUGGAGGCGAUGAACAUGGUGAAAAGUUUCCGUGUCUCGGACCUCCAGAUGUUACUGUCUUCAGUUGGCCGCAGCAAGAGUGGCCUAAAGCAGGACCUUGUAAGCCGUGCGCUGCGUCUGGUGCAGAGUGAGUGCAGCCCAGACCUGCUAAAGAAAAUACGUCAAUUGUAUGAAUCACGAUUUCCUAAGAAGGUGCCCACAGUGCCAGCGGCAGUUGUGGUUGGUGGGCAAGGUGGGCUGGCCCCAAGGCGGGUGACUGAACUGCAGGCAACUGGUAGGGGGGUCCCUACUCUUGGAGUUUCCCUACCACCAGUGCCUGGAGGUCCAGAUUUUAUUUUGUCCUACCCUUCCUCCACUACUUCAGCGCCUGCUGUGCAGCGCAGUGGGGCACGCACUCCAGCUACCCCCUACAUCAACGGUUUGGACAAGACUACCCAGAACAGACAGCCUACGCCUGUGGUUCGUUUCGUCAAUUUACCUUUCUACCAUACAUUAGAGGUGUUGCUGUCUCCCACAGAGUUAGUACCACAGAAUAAUGAGAAGCUGCAGGACAGCCCUUGCACAUUUGAAUUGACCCAGAGUCAAGUGGACCAAAUCAGGAACUCUAGAGAUCUGCGGCCUGGAGUUAAGUCUGUUCAGGUGGUGCUUAGAAUUUGUUACACUGACUCCAGUUGUCCUCAGGAAGACCAGUACCCCCCUAACAUUGCUGUGAAAGUGAAUCACAGUUAUUGCCAUGUCCCGGGAUACUACCCUUCCAACAAGCCAGGAGUGGAACCACGGCGCCCUUGCCGUCCCAUCAAUAUCACACCUUACUUGUAUCUUUCAACGAGCACAAAUCGCAUCACUGUUACCUGGGGUAAUUUUGGCAAGAGAUACUGUGUUGCCCUCUACCUUGUCCAGGUAUUUACUUCAGCAGAGCUAUUCAGCAAACUGAAACGCUUCUCCGUGGAGAGUUCUGAACGAUGCCGGGAACUAAUCCAAGACAAACUGCGAUAUGACCCUGAUAGUGAAAUAGCAACAACAGGUCUUCGAGUGUCUCUUAUUUGCCCGCUGGUAAAAAUGAGACUGAAUGUGCCGUGCCGUGCUCUCACUUGUGCCCACCUGCAGUGCUUCGAUGCAGUCUUUUUCUUACAGAUGAAUGAAAAGAAACCUACAUGGACAUGCCCUGUGUGUGACAAGCCUGCACCUUUUGAACUUCUCAUUAUUGACGGACUGCUGUGGGAAAUUUUGAAAGACACACAGGACGUUGAGGAAAUAGAGUAUUUAUCUGAUGGCUCUUGGUGCCCAAUUAAAGCAGAGAAGGAGAAGGAAAAAGAGAGGGAGCAGAGCAACACACCAGAGUAUCCUGUGCUGGAGAUUGGGUCCCCUGAAGAAAAUGGACACUCUCCAGCACAUAGCAGCACAAGCCAGAACGGGAAGACUGCAGUCGGUGUAGUGGUGGAUCUAACGCUGGACUCUUCAUCUGAGGAAGAAGCAAAUGGGGACAGUGAGGGGGAAAGUGAGGAAAGCGAAGAGAGGCCACCUCAAAAGAGGGGACGUUAUGACUAUGACAAGGACUUGGUCACUGCUUACUGACUACCGAAGCGUCCACCAGCCUGGAAUCUGUGAAUGCGAACCUCAGUCCACUGGACGCGCAGAAGUGUGUGAAUUGGGCACUGGAGACAAAUACACCACUGCAAACAGAAUCCCAAGUCACCCCACCACACCUAGCCUAAAUUCCCAACCCUGUACUCCCAUCUGGACCCUUUUUGCCCACUCACAGGGUGUCUUAGCGCCCAAUAGGCUUUGUCUCCACCUGUCUGUCAUCCUCAAAAAUGCCCACCCUUUGCUUGACGUUCAGUUUUCAGGGCUUUAUUAUUAAUGGUUUUUAAUUUUACUUAACUUGAACAAAUUAUUUUCAACAGCAUGUUCAACUUAGAUUUGAGAGGCCUCUCUGGAAACACUGGUCUGAGACGUGUAAAUAAGUAAGUAAAUUAAUGCAGACUGGUCCCAGCCUUUCUGAGGGGUGUAAGUGGGGUCAGGUUUUGGAGAAAUAAGGUGGUGUAAAGCAUGGCCCUGGAUAUGAGGCUGGUGGGCUUCUGAUUUUGAGGAAGGCUGUGUUGGAGCAACAAUGCAUUUUCUAAUUUUCCUUUGACCUGCCUAUGUCCACACACCUAUCCAAGUAAAUGGAUUGCGCAGCGCCUUUUAAAACCCUUGACCUCUGGUAUCUUAAUCCCCCUGCCCUGUCCACCCCCUAACCCCCCCACGUAACAAACUCCACCAUUGGAAAAUGAAGCCAAGCAAACGUGAGCUCUGAAAAACAGUUGCAACGUGAAAGCUACUCGUUUUGCUUUUAUGAGAAACUGAUAUCUACCUCAGGAAGAACAUGGAAGGUGGUGAAAUGUGUGCUGAGCAUUUAAAAUCUUUGCUUUUAUUUAAAAAAAAAAGAAAAGAAAAAAGAGAAGAAGUUGGAAAAAAAGUUUCAAUGUAUCAGGGAAGGGGAUGGAUUUUUAUUUAUUAUUUUUUUUUUUUUAAUCGUAGCAUGAUUUUUGCAUUUAGCAUUCCUUGCUGGUCUGUCUGAUUUGGAUUUCUGUUUAUUUAAUUUCCAUCAAUUUAGUAUGGGGCAGUUCCUCCACCCCUCCUCCAUUUUCUCAUUUUUUUCUCUUUACUUUUAAUUUAUCCUGUUGAUUGAGUGAGCGAUGUUUAACUUGUGUUGGACAAGGGUGCAAAGUCUCCUUGGCUGUGGACUGUGAAGGAGCCUUUGGAGGAUGCUGUAGUAGUUGGAGUGUAUCUAAUUAUACCUUAGAAGAGAAUGCAGAGUUCUGCUAAGUGACAAGAAGUGGACUGCAAGCAUGCAGGGGACAGGGUGGGUAUGCAUUUGAGAAGCCAGGUGCCACCCAGACUGUAACAUACAUAUUUUUUCAUCCCUCUUUAUUUCAAAGACAGUUAGUGAACCAUUAGCCUGUUUUUGGUUUUUACUUUUCAGAUGAUUUUUUUUUUUUAAA